GCACUGUCCUCGGGCUUGCAUUUAUCCAGAGUAUUUCUUCUGUCAUUUUCGCAGGAAAGCCGGAUUGCAUGGACAUUCCCAUGUUCAUGUUUUGGGCGUAUAUUUGGGGUUUUUUUUCUGAUGUCGUUUCUCUCUUAUUCAUUUACAGCACAUUUGUUACUGGUACUCAUUGUUCGGCGCGACCAAGUUCUAAUGGGCAUUGGCUUUCCAUGA